AUGAUUUCUUCUGGCUUUUAUUCUUCUCUACUCACUGUGACAAGUCCUGUUUUAAAUGAAUCAUGUAAUCAUCAAAUCACAACAAAGAUACAAAGGCGUAUAUAUGGUCAUGCAACGGAUGUUGAGAUUCGCCCUUUGAAUGAGGAAAAAGCUGUUCAAGCUGCUGUAGACCUUAUUGGAGAACUCUUUGUCUUCUCGGUUUCAGGUCUUUUCUUGAUCUUUGAGGUACAAAGAAGUGCUAGAUCUGAAGCACGGAAGGAGGAGCUACGAAAAAAAGAUCUAGAGGCUAUGAGGCAAAGAAAUGAUGAAUUGGCAGAAGAAGUAGAACUUCUUAAGCAUAGAUUUGAAGAACUGGAACAGCUUGCUCGGGGACGUGGACUCACUGGCAUUCUAAAUUUCAAAAACAUCAUUAGUAGUAAGGAACAUGGAAAGACAGAGAAAACGGCUUGA